AUGUCGGCAACGUCAGGUGAGCUCGGUGUGGGCAGAGGGUCAUCGACGACCGGUGGAUCUCCGUCGCAGUCAUCUUCAUUUAAGACCGUCAGCAACCGUUAUGGUACAGGCGAGCUGAAAGAAGAGUCGGCCGGUGGACUUUUGUCAUGUACAGCCUCAGAUGAAACCGUCGUUGACGGCUCUGGCCCCGGCAAUUCGUGA